AUGUCCUCCUCGACAAAACGGCGGUACGGAACGUAUGGCCGUGCGAUCACCUCGCCAGCGCUUCUCUCCACGUCGGUCGGCUGGAUUCGGCCAGAAGUCAAAGCGCAAUGCGAUCGCCUCCGAAUGGUGGCCACCUCGGCGACGCCGCCACCGCCGCAACAACACGAAUACGCGGUUCCGCACAUUCACACGACGUCGAAACCGCCGGCGGAUCCGAAGCAGCGCACUCGGGCCGAUCGAUUGAGGAAUCGGAUAAGUGAGCGAAGGACAAAUACAUAUAUGGUGCCACCUCCAAGAAGCGAACGCGAUGAGCAAAUUGAUGAGCUCAUGCACAAAUAUCUGAACAAGAGCCGCGAAAAUGUGUCAACUUCGAGGGUAUCGCGACAAAAUUCUCGAGCUCAAGAAUUAUUGAACCGAAAGUCGCGAAACACCUCUCCGACAAUUGACACCUUAAUGAAACGGUAUGGAAAAAGCGGAUCAGUUAUCAAAGAUUCAACAGUGGCGCAGAAUGAAGCUGAAAAUCAAAGAUCACUCGACGGAAAAUCUUGCAAUGAGGCAAGAUUGAGUGGCAGCGAGAUUCGCAUCAAAUGGCAGGUGUCGAGCAGCGAAAUCAAAACGACACCAUCAGUGAAACGAUUCAGCGUCACAAUUGACCCAGUGCGAUGUUUCGCGCGAGUCACCUGCGUUGUUCGAUGCUCGGCGGCCGCUGUGCUGACGAGUCCCGGCAGGCCUCAAUCGGAUCCGUUCAAUAAACGGACCAUUCGAAUUUUGAGUUGUUAA